AGCUUUUGUGAUUGCUGCUUUGAAGCUCAGAGUGUGGCCUUGUGUGAGAGAACAGCUCCAGAGUGAAGCAUUAAUGGAUCAAUCUGACUGCAGAGAUGACAACAGCCAAUGUUUGAGCAAUAUCAGCAGGAUUAUCCCUAAUCUACACUCCUGUUUUGGAAAUAGUCACCCGGUGAAUCAUUUGAUAUUGCAAAUCCAAACCAUGAAGGCAGAAGAGCAGCUUUCUUCUGGGUCUCCUCUGGAAACCGACAGUGUGCAGGACACUGGAGGCCUUGAACAGAGCAGUGACUCACUGAAUCAGCCGGAGGACUGCAGUCCUUCUGCAGAUAUGUCCUCAGCUCUCAGGUCAGUUGCCUUAAUGUGCACAUUUGAUCUGAAAAAAAUGUGCUCACCUCUGCUAGAGCUGUUCUCUGUGCCUAAACUUAAGGAGGAUAAUCAUACCUCGUCUCCAUUAGAUGAGCAGGAUAAAACUCCAGCAGGGGCAGCAGAUCCAGCCGAGGAGGAAGUACUGAGUCUGUCAUUCCAGUCAAAGUACAUUCAUUUUUUCCCACUGUAUCAGGACUACUGUCUGCAGGCGAUGAAAGAGGAUCUGCACAGACUGAACAAGAGUUUUGUGUCUGAACUGAUACCCCUGUAUCUGCAGGGUCUUCAGUCCCACCUUAGCCCUCACUGCCAUUCUGAGGCUAUAUCCCCUCAAUUAAACCCUCCUGUGACUCCAUCCUCACCUCUACCUCACCCAGUCCCAAGGGUGACUCCAUGUACCCUUUGGCAAGAUCUUGAGGAGGUGAAGGAAUCUGGCCUGCUCUGCAGCCUGACAACCAGAGAGAUUCGCCUACAGGAGUCGAUGUUUGAGUUGAUCGGCUCUGAAGCAUCUUACCUGAGGAGCCUCACAGUUGCUGUCAAUCAUUUCUACACGUCAAAGGCAUUGAAACAGACCCUGUCUCAAAUGGAGCAUCACAUUUUGUUUUCCAACAUCCGUCGUGUGAUGGCAGCCAGUGAAAAGUUUCUUAUGGAUCUGGAAAUACGACUGGGAGAGAGUUUGUUAAUAUCUCAGGUUGGAGACAUUGUGCUUCAGCACUGCCCAGAGUUUCACAGCCUCUACGUGCCAUAUGUGACUAACAUGAUGUACCAGGAGGCUCUUGUCAACCAGCUACUGCAGCAGAACCGAGACUUUCUGUAUUCAAUCAAGAAGCUUGAGAGCGACCCAGUGUGUCAGAGGCAGAGCCUUAAGUCAUUCCUUGUCCUUCCCUUCCAGAGAAUUACUCGUAUCAAACUGAUCCUUGAGAGCAUCAUGAAACUGACUGAACCAGGCUCUGACUCAAUGUCAAAUCUUGAAAAAGGAAUUGAAGCCAUUCAUGAGAUUGUGACGGAGUGUGACAAGGGAGUCAGAAAAAUGAAACAAAUUGAGGAGCUUGUCAGCCUGGAAAUGCUGCUGGAUUUUGGCAAAGUUAAGUCAGUUCCUCUGGUUGUAAGUGGGCGUUUUCUCGUGCACCAGGGUCCUGCAAGACAGCUGUCGGUGGAGGCCACUUACAACUCAAGAAUGUCCUUCGUCAGUGUCUACAUCCACCUCUUCAAUGACCUUUUGGUCAUCUCUUUAAAGAAGGAUCAGAGGUUCACAGUUGUGGAUCAUGCUGAGUUCCCAACACAUGUGCACCUUCAGCAUCUGAAGACUGAGGUCCUGGGUCUGCCCCCAGACUCCUUCCUGUUGCAUCUCUCUCAAAGUCAAACCGGACAUCCAACAGCCAUGAUACUUGUUGCAAAUACAAAGUCAGAUAAAGAGGUGUGGAUGAAGGUGCUGUCUUCUAAACAAUGAUGGAAACAUGAUUCUGCAGUUUUGAUUUUUAUAAAAUUUUGGCCGUUUUAACUUGCUCACUACUGGUGUAUACAUUUUGAUAACUGGGGAAAAUAAUCACUUUUCACUGAUGUAUCUUAUUUUGAAAGCAAUCACUGUUCUUGAUAAAAACCACUCUAGAGCAUCACCUUGUCACAAUUAGCAGACACAGGGUAGUAAGGGAAUACUUUUCAUCAGGAAUAAAUUUUUUAACUUGUAUUAAAAUAUUGGCCUGUUUUUAA